CUCUAACCGUUGUCACCUGUCACGAUUCUCACCGUUAAUUAUAACCAGCGCGCGAAGUAAACAAAUUCAAACAAAUUACACUUUGUCAGCGAGGUCACCGGUUUUAUAGAAUGCAAGCACCGAAUCAACACUGUUUGGCACAGCUUCGAAAGUGGCACCGCCAUCAAUUUCCAAGUGACAACGCAGUGAUGGACUCCAAUUCGAAGAUUGAUGAUUUUUGGGGGGCAGUCAGGCCAAUUAUUUUCGUUGCACAGCUUUUCACGUUAUUCCCGGUGCAAGGUGUCUUUGGACGAGAUCCCCAACAGAUUCGGUUCCAAUGGCUGCACCUAAGGACUCUGUACUCGUUGACAUUUCUGGUGCUGGCCGCCCUCAUUAUAAUUGCCCAGAUCAAUCAUACGGUUGUGUCAACGGCAAACACUAGCAUGAUCACUUCGGUGUUGUACUACAUAUUAAACUUUAGUGGAUCAGUUUGUUUCUUCAUUAUCGCUACAAAAUGGCGCAACAUCAUGUUGAACUGGAAAAUGUACGAAGAAGUGUUUCUGCACAAACCUUAUCUGAUGAAGGGCCGCACUUUGAAGUUCAAACUACGGAUAGUUGGCGGUGGCAUACUUCUGUUAGCUUUCGUAGAAGAUCUACUGCAUAUGCUGUCCUGCUGCCGAACCAUAGAAGUGUACAUCGAGAGGUGUGACAACAGUUCGUCGUUUUGGGAAACUUUCUACACUCGAGAACACUCCAAGACCUUCGAUUACAUUUCCUACAGUCUACCGUUGGCACUGCUGCUGGAGUUCGUUCACAAGGUUUAUCUCUUUGUGUGGACCUUCAUGGACGUUUUCAUUUCAGUGGUUAGUAUAGGACUUGCGACGCGAUUCGAACAGUUGUUCCACCGAAUUGAACACCUCAAAGGGAAAAUGCUUCCGGAGUCAUUCUGGGCGGAAAUUCGUCUGGAUUACACGAAAAUAUCGAAUCUUGUUAUCUACAUGGAUAGAGUUCUUUCGCCCAUGAUUAUGAUCACAAGUGCGUCGAAUAUCUUCUUCAUAACCUAUCAGCUGUACAUGUCCGUUCAACUCGAUGCUUCAUCAAUGACGACUUUCUACUACCGAUUCUCGUUGCUGUUUUUGAUCCUUAGAACGCUAGUCAUGUUGCUUACUUCGUCUCGCGUCUACGUGGCAUCCAGAAAACCUUUGGAAAUUCUCCGAGCUGUUCCGAUGAGUUCUUGGACUACCAGCGUUCAACGAUUUACCAAUGAAAUACUGAACAUAGAAAACGCUUUGUCCGGGCACAAGUUUUUCUUCCUGAAACGAGGAAUUAUAUUGGCGAUGGCAGGAACGAUGAUCACGUACGAGUUGGUAAUGUUGAGUGAGGUGCGGCACUCUGAUAACACCCAGUUCUGCGAUGAGGGACACCGUUUGUAUUGAGGAAAGCUUUACAACUUUAGGCUGACUAUUUUUCUGCAUGGUUAAAUUUAAGAACACCAGUAGAUUAGUUUGUAUCGGGCAAAUAAAAAAAGAA